GGAAGAGUUCAAUAAAGUUGUAUUUUGAAGGAGGAAGCCUCCUACAAUCAUGGCGGCCCAACAGACCGGCGACGUAGUUCCUCCUUCCCUGUCAGCCAAAGUAAUCGGGUCGUUUGCUUACUUGACUGUAAGAGACAGAUUGCCCACCAUCCUCACUAAAGUCAUAGACACAAUCCAUCGCAACAAAACCAAGUUUUUGGAAGAAUAUGGGGAGGAGGGAAUCCAAGCAGAGAAGCAAGCCAUUUCCCUGCUGUCCAAGCUGAGGAACGAGCUGCAAACGGACAAACCGAUACUCGCCCUGACCGACGGCCUGGAGGAUGCUGACUCCUGGAACCGGUACCUGCAGAGACAACGGGAGCCGCAUGGGGACCAGGAUUCGGUCAGCUGGUUCAAGUCCCCGUGGCUGUAUGUGGAGUGCUAUAUGUACCGCAGGAUACGGGAGGCCCUCUGGCUCAACCCUCCCAUCAGCGGCUAUGACGUCUUCAACGAGGGGAAGACUCAGAGCUUCUUCGAGUCUCAACAGGCCAUAAUGGCUUUAUGCACAUCCUUUGAGGGUUUCAACAAGAACAUGGAAGACAUGUCUGAAAAUCACCUUCAGGAAUAUUUUAACAAACUGCUGCAGGUUUCCGUCUGGGGAAACAAAUGUGAUCUGUCCAUCUCUGCCGGCGUGGACAAUUCACAGAAGAGCAGCCCCGUCGACUCUCUGGCCGCCCUGCAGACGUUCAUCUUGGUGGACGACUCCAACGCCGUGUGGUCGACGCUCACGUCCGCCCGGCGACAGAGACAGUCGGGGAAAAAGGACUCCACCCGAGUGGACUUUGUUCUGGAUAACGCCGGCUUUGAGCUGGUCACCGACUUGGUCUUGGCCGAUUUCCUGGUGUCCUCAGGUCUGGCCCGCGAGGUCCGCUUCCACGGCAAAUCCUUCCCGUGGUUCGUCUCCGACGUCACGGCCGAGGAUUUUCGUUGGACAGUCCGGCAGACCAUGGCGGCCAAUCAUAGGUGGAUGUCUCAGAGAGGGGUGCGGUGGCAGCAUUACAUGAAAGAGGGCACGUGGUCCUAUCACGACCAUCCCUUCUGGACGCAGCCAAACGAGUUCCGCGACAUGGCGGCCGACGCUCCGGACCUGUACGCGACUCUGCAGGCAGCAGACUUGGUGCUGUUUAAAGGCGACCUCAACUACAGGAGGUUGACAGGAGAUCGAGACUGGGACCACACGGUGGGCUUUGACGCCGCGCUUCGGGGAUUUGGGCCAGCACCACUGUGCAGCUUGAGGACUCUUAAGGCUAACGUUCAAGUGGGUCUGCAGCCAGGCCAAGGGAGUAAGCUGAGCUCUCAAGAGCCAGAUUGGAUGACAUGCGGAAAGUACGCCGUCAUUCAGUUCUGCGGGCCAAACUCUGAUCAGCAGGAAUGAUCUCAGAAGAAUAUGAAAGAUUAACAAUUGUAUUAAAGCCAUCGCAUGAUUGGGUCGUUGUCACUUUGUAAUGUUUUAUUGAGGAAAUUACUAGAUUUAUAAAUUUCUCUCAGGAUGUCAGUUUGUAACCUGCCUAGAGAAGAUAUGUUUUUUUCCCACAAAUUAAAACACUUCCCAUAUUUCGUCCGAAAUCAGUGCAUAAUUUGUAUUUUUGAUUUUCAAUUGGUAGUUAACAAUUCGAAAUGAAAGCAACUUUUUUUUUUUUAAUCAAACACAAAAUAGAUAAAAAUACCAUUUUUUUUCACAAUUCAAUUGUAGCAUCCAUACAUAACAAUAAUAUGUGGGCAAUAUAUAAUAGAGCAUUAGUAAUAAUAGUAAUCUGAUCUCAUUUCACUUUCAAUGUGGAUGCAGAGUUUUGUCAUUCACCUGACAACCAUUGGAAUUGGACCGACCCAGAACAUUAGCGUUGAUCAAAAAUUCUGUCUUGUGGGCUGGUUUUUCUUCUUGUAUUUUUGGUCAUUUUUUUCCUGCUUGAAAUUGUAUUUAAAAAAAAAAAAAGUCAAUCACUUUAUUUUUUAGUUCCAAUUUAAAAUGGAAAGAAAUCAAACAGAGAUUUUAGUAACAUGAUUAAAAAACUUUGGUCAAAAAUAUGUUGGAGCGUGCGAUUGUUGAUCUUCUUAUCUUGCUGAAGUACAACUGAGGUGCGAUAAUGUUGUUUUGUCUGCAGCAGUCUGACACAUUUGUUCAAAUUUGCAUGAAAACACUUAAAUAGUAUUUGCAUUUUGGGGGGGGGGGGGGGGCUGGCUUUGUAAAGGUAAUAGCGCCAAAGGUAAAGCCUUUGGUCAGGGUUAUAUAAAAACUAUUGUAAAAGUUUUCAUCAAAUUUAGUGCCGAAUUAAAAGCACUGUAAAAUAAAUCAAGAUAAAGUCAUGGUAAUGUAAUUUGAGCGCAAACAAUACAUUUCAAUGAAACACGUCCCCAUUUUUUUUGUUUGAGGGAAAAAAUGCAUAAUGUUUUGGAUAAAAAAAAUAAAAAAAAAAAAUCACCCUAAUGACAGCUUCUGACGCAAGGACACAAUCAUUGAUUAACUGAAGUAGUCGCAGGCUCAUUGCCAUGUAGAUAGGUUAUUAAAGUGCAUUUCAAAAUACAGCUAUCAAAUUUGUGCAGUUUUAAUGUUUACAAGUGAUGAAAUCAAAAGUAAGAUUUCGGCAUUCGAUUUUAAUUUACUACAGGAAGAUAGAGCAAAUCCCCAUUAGAUUUUACAAUGAUUUUCUACAAAAACUAAAGUACUAAUUUAGUUUAAAAAACAUUUUUGGAUUACUUCAGGGCCGCAACUAUACAUUAUUUUAAUGAUUGAUUCAUUCUUAAAUCAAUGAAUUGGAUGACUUAAAAAAAAAAAAAAUUCCACAUCCCUGAAUUCAAAAGGAGGACAGGACAUGUUUUUAUGUUGAGAGUGCAGUAAAUGCAAAACCAUUAACUGAUCUGUCUGAAAAUGUUGAUCAUUGUUUUUCAAAAGCAACACAAAUGUCUUCAUUUGAUUCAGCUUUCACGAAUGAGUACAGAAAUCGUAACAUAUUUACGGUCGAGGGGCUGAAAUUCUGAGGAUUUGUACAAUUUUAUAUAAAAAUCUUUAACAUCAUAUUUACACGUGAAAUUUAUGAAGGGCAAUGUUUUUUUUUCUUCUAAACUAUUGCUGAUGUUUAGUAGCACAAAAAUGCUAGCAAUAUGUCAACGAUUUGAAAUUUUGGUAGAUUUUUACAACAGUCUUAGAAGUUGAUACACACGAUUUGCCUUCGCGGGCCGCAUAAUAUCUUGCGACGGGCCACAUCUGGUACCACGGGCCUUGAGUUUGACACCUGUGAACGAGAUCAUCAAUUUGUUGCCCAUGAAUUGAUCACUUGUUGAUUGCUAGAUUGGUUCACUAAGUACCCAAAUUGGAGCCCUGUCGUUUGCGUCAAAGCUGCUCAGCCUAAGUUAGCCUAGCUUAGACCACUAACGACAAAAGCGUCUGUUUUCUAAUAUUUACUGAGGAGGAAAACAUCAAAUGCUAGUAUCUACACGUCCGGCAAAACCUACGUAUCGUAUACAACGAGGAUAGUGAGUACUCAUAAGAAGUUGUGGGAGUGGAAACGUCAACUUAAACUUGCUUAUCAGCUAGCUAGUAUUCCUUAGCUUAGCUUGACAACAACGAGACGCGUUUGUGAUCAAUUCGUGGAUGUUAAAGAAACGUCAAACGCGAGUCACUUCGCAACUCGUACGACAAGGGACGUGAGGACUUAUAGGAAAUUUAACAAGUUUUAUCUUCGUACAUCUUAGCACCCAAAUUGUUGCCUUAUUGUCCGUGUUGAAGCUGCGCGGCCCGAGUUAGCCUAGCGUGCUAACAACAUUACGUAUGAAGAGUACACAUCGAGGAUCAAACAUCAAAUGUGGAUUCAAGAAAAGGUUGAUGGACGUUGUGAGGGAGGACAUGAGGACAGUGGGUGUUAGAGAGGAGGAUGCACGAGAUAGGCGACCCCUAAAGGGCCAAGCCGAAAGAAAAAAAGAUUGUUUCACAAGAAAGGGUGGCAAAAUGUGUCUUUAAAGUGAUCCCCCGGUGUGAUUUUUGUGCAUUUCCCUCUUAAAUUCUGGUGAGAGCAUGUUGACCCAUGUUGCUACUACAUGUAGAAGAGAUUAUGAACUUUCACUACUGUUUGUCCUUGUCGCGCAAUCACCCAAACACGAGGGGCCAACAUUCGGAAUUUAUACGACAUGAACUGGAUGCAAUGAAGGCAACACUCCACACUCGUAUUUUUUUUCCCAUUGUAUGAUCAAAAUGGGCAGCACGGUGGAGCAGCUGGUAAAGCGUUGGCAUCACACUUCUGAGGACCCGGGUUCGAUCCCGGCCCCGCCUGUGUGGAGUUUGCAUGUUCUCCCCGUUCCGGCGUGGGUUUUCUCCGGGCACUCCGGUUUCCUCCCACGUCCCAAAAACAUGCAACAUUAAUUGGACACUUUAAAUUGCCCCUAGGUCCGAGCACUCCCCGCGACCCUCGUGAGGAUAACCGGCAAAAGAAAAUGGAUGGAUGGAUGAUCAAAAUGCAUGUCUGCACACUGCAAGCCAUGACUAUCAUUUGAGACUCCUGGCAAGAUCAUAUCCUUCUAAUAAAUGUUGUUGGUUUUUUUUGCCAUCAAAGAAAGAGCUGCGGAGACGCUUACUCACUGUUGUUAUUUACACGCGUGAAAUAUGGCCUCUAAUAUCGGCCUCAUUUGCAUCCAAAUUCGCUUUUACCGAAGCGGCCCGUUUUGACGUGAACAAGACAAAACCGCACGAGUGUUAGGGAGCCAAACGGGGAGGUGAAAACGUGACGACGUUGCACAAAUGCGCCAUUAAUAUUCACCGGUUGUGUUGUAACGCUCACAUUACAGUUGACACGUUGACCUCCGGAUUAUUCUAGGUCAGGUUAGACUCUUACUUUGUACCCCCGCAAAAACCCGCUGUAGAUCCAAACGUGCAUGACAAUGCUAAAGGAGCUUUAAGUGGGCCCAAAUAAGCCAAUUAGGUGAUUUAGUUGGCUCCCUGUAUUUUCUUGCAAUCUAAUACGACUUAAUUUUGUCCCCCUCCGGGGAAAUGCAAUGAAAUAUAUAUAUCAUCAUCAGGGCUACUUGUUUUCCACUUGACCUGACAUGUUCUGAAAAUGGGGCUGUUUACUCAAGAAAGAGAUGGGAAAAUGAAGCCUCUGCCAAAUGUUGAGCUCUUCCUCCCCUCGCUGGAGGUCUGCAGUUGCUUUUAAGCCUCGCAUCCGAACGACGCAGCUGACAGGUAAGCCAUGCACAUCGACCUUUUAAUUCAAGAAGCAGGAUUGUUUUGUGCUGGUAAUCUCUUGCAGGGGUUGAUGUAGCGGCCGCAUCGCAGCUUGUCUCUGGUUUUCUGCAUCGCAAGGCUUUUUCUUUACCUUGACUUGUGGUCCCGAAACAUGCAAGGACUUCUCACACGUGCACAUUUAAGUCUUCUAUUUGCAUUGAUAGUCUAAUCCUUUAGUCUGCUGUAUUGUAAAAUAUCCACCAGUUGCCACCGGGGCGUCGUUAUUUUGCCAAAUCAAAACUGUAUUAAUGUCAUGAAAUGAUGACAUAGAAAGUAGUCAGUAUCUGUUUGAUCCCAUCAUUGCGAGUGGAUUGUGUAAUUACUGGCUGCCGAAAUGAGAUUUGACCUCCUGCGUUGUUUGCCGUGUUAUGGUGACCUGGCGCUCAAAUGAACCGCCUCCAUCGAUUUGACUGCAUCUUUGAUUUUGUUUAUUCUCUCUCUUUUUUUUUUUCCCUCCUCCCCACUAUUUCCACUUUGCCCAGUCGAGUCCAGCUGAAUGAGCGCAACUCGGCGGGAUGAGCGAAACGAGCCGAGCGGCAGAGAGGACGGCUGUCGUUUAAAGAGGCAGAGCCCGGCAAAGAGCAGGAAGCCUUGCGGAUCGCCGCCCAGACCCGGCAUCGGCCCGGCCGCC